AUGGUUCAUGAGAAUGAUGGCCCUGGGGUGCUCGCGCCUGAGGGCGAGGGCCAUUCGAUGACGGGCGGUGAUCUUGACCCCAACGACGCUACCGACCCCAACCUUGAUGGAGAUCAGAUGCCUCCGGAUGUUGUGGUGGCUGGAGGGCACGUGCAAGUCACUGUGAAGAUAGGAGAUCAUGAGAUCAACGGCGGCACCAGGUAUCGUGCCUGGGUAGAGCACAAGGACAAAGUCAUGGAGCGUUUGACUGGCUGGCAAAUCGUAGCAAUGGAUGGAAACAUGAUCACAUUUCAUGUUCCGCAGAGCAUUGUUUCCGCUGCUCUUGCGGAGAGGCAGGCAAAAGUCCCCAAGGAUGAGCGAAGGUAUUGGGGAGACAAGACUGAUUUCUGUCGAUGCCUGGAAGCUGUUUUGUACGACAUCGAGAGAGGUCAGAAGCCGAGGAGAAAGCCCAGGGAGCCACGUCCUGGUGUUCUAGCUAUCUCACAGGGAGUAGGGUUCCAGCGCGAUCCUCGCCCAAGAAUGCCGAUGAGACAGCCUCUUCAUAUGGCUACCGGGCUUGACUCCAUUGACGUCUUGGUCCGCAUGUUAGAGAACAAGGCCCCAACAGAGCUGAUAGGGUUUGAGCGAAGGUUGAGGAUUGUGAUGAACAGAAUCGAAGUUCAUCUGCAUUCAGGAGGAGGGUCAACUUUGAAGACUGAUCUUCCCAAGGACUGGAGCCCAAUGAUCGACCUUCCCCUUCCCCCCUCUGCGCCUCAGACUGUGAAGCGAGGAUGUUCCAAGAUUCAACGUUCAAUGCUCCCGCUGCGACUCUCUGCGCAAGUUGAAGAGCUGCAGCAGCGUCUAAACGAUUUGAUGGAUUCCUUACAACAAGGCUUCUUGGACCCUAAGGCGUUAGGCACCAAAUCUCACCAUGAGGGGAACCCUGCUCACGUUGCAGCUUUGCUGAAGACUGGUUUGGCUAUCAUGGGCAAAGAGAGCGUGGAAGAUCAGAUGGAGCACUGGAUGUGUGUCCCAAGACCAAGAUUGAUUCAGGUAUACAUUGAUGAGUUCAAUCGAGUCAUGAAGAACAUCCUGGAUCAAUCACAAGCUCAUGCAAACAUGAACCCACCAGGUCCCCUCGCCAAGUACUCGAAUGUUGAGCCCUCCACGUACGCUGUCCAGGCUUCGAAGGAGAGGCUUGGAGAAAGAAUCCUUCAUUGUUUGAACGUAAUGGUUGUUCCGAUCGUGGACAAGUCUUGUACUCCAUGGCAAGUAACCAAGGGGGUGAUGUCGAAUCCCGUUGGAAUGCCAGACGAUUAUCUUGUCCGUUACCUGGAUAUGUUGUACAAGAAUGUGAAUUACUCCGAGCGCGAGCAGAGUGGCGCUAUGUUACUCGGGGAUGCAGCGGAGUUCGAAAUCUUGCGUGCAACAUUACCCAAGGAUGCGCUGCCACUGGUGGAGGCACUCAUUUGUACAUACGGAGGAGAUGAGGAGAGGCAGAGGCUGGGUAUUCCGAGUAGAAGGAAGACUGCAGCCAUAGACAGGGUCCAGAAAGCAAGAAUGGACCUUGAAAUGCUUGCUAAGUCAGCCGACGCCCACAUUGCGACUUCCAACGCCAAGUCUCCGCACUCGGCACGUGAAUACCACAUUCGUGCCAAGGCUAAGCAGCUGGGAAUAUGGCUGGAUCCUUCAAAGCGAACCACAGCUGCCGACAGGCGUCAAAACACUCAAGACGGCGACCUCCAGGGCUACAGAAGUGACAACUGGGAAGCAGACGAUACGGGCCUAGGAGCCUUGGCUUUUACAGCUCACUCGAACGGAGGACGCCCAAUGAAUGCCAUCUCCAUCAAUCGCCUUGCGGGCCUCGGAGAUGCCAGUGGAAGGCUCGUGCCUGAAGAAGUCGAGGCUCGCAUUGCGAAUGACCACAGGCCUCCCAUCCAGGUGCAAGUCAAGAUCGGCGAUCAUGAACAGAAUGGAUGCUUCCGAUACAAAGCUUGGGCUCUGCACAGAGAUAUUGUUCUGCAGCGGCUGAGGUGGGACGUUGUGGAGCAGCAGGAUGAUUACGUCACUUUCAGCGUGCCAGCUGCCUUGGCUGAGGCGUCGGAAGUUGAGAGGAAAGCCAAAGUGCCCAAGGAGGAGAGGAGAUACUGGGGAGACAAGACGGACUUCUGUCGAUGCCUGGAAGUGGUGAUCAACGAAGUCCGUGGAAUCAAGGGGAGGAACACGCGCCCCUCUACCCUCGGCCCUGAGAUGCUGCAAGCACGCGAGCAAAUGAUCCUGACAACUGAGUACAAGACCAAACUAGCUAAGCUCCGAGAGAUGCAGGCAACUGUAAGGGAGGGAUCUGCGACUGCCGACCGUAUGAGGCAGGAGGAGGAAGAGCUUGCUGCCAAACACGCAGCAGAGAUGGAGAGGCUGAACGCGAAGUACGGAGGAUCGCUGAGAUCCGUCAAGAGGAAGCGCACAGCCUCGGUCAUGACGGCGGGAGGCAUCGGAGACAAGAUCAGGAAGAAGCCGAAGAAGAUGGACAUGGCGAAGGAGAUGCAGGGCCAUCCUGCCAACCAGAUGGGCCAGAGGUCUCCGGGACACGCCCCCCCCCCGCACAUGCGCAUGGCGCAGCCUCAGUGGGGGCGACCUGGGGCUGUAUAG